UAUCCUUAUAUUCAAUAAGCCUGUCCUCCCUCUGUUCUAUCUGUCCCUCCGUUCUGAGUCGUCAUGUUGUCCAUAGUGGUGGAACACAUCUUUCUCUUGGUCAUCGUCACUCUCAUUAGCGUCCUACAGAAUGCUUUCUUUGCAACAAAGGUAGAGAGGGAGGGUAAAGAGCACAACAACAAAACUGCUUUUGAGAGAGUGUCGUGCGCCAAUCGUAACUGUAUGGAUUCCUACCCUACCUUCCUAGCAGUGAUGUGGUGUGCUGGGCUCUGCCUUAACCAAGCUCCUGCUGCCUUCGCAGGGAUCAUCUACCUGGUGGCCAGGCAGAAGUACUUUGUCGGGUACAUGGGUCAGACAUCUCAGAGCACUCCAGGGUUCCUGUUUGGGAAACGCGUCCUGGCCUUCCUCAUCCUGAUGUGCAUUGUGGGUAUCUUCAACUUCCUGCUGGUGCGUUACCUCGGCAACGACUAUAAAGACACCAUGGAAACGAUCACCAACGCAGCCUCUGCUCUACUCCUCAUUCCCUGAACUACGGCAGUGACUACAAAGUCUGUUUUGUGUCUGUGUUGAGGUACUACUGAAAGUGACUAUAAAGUCUGUUUUGUGUCUGUGUUGAGGUACUACUGAAAGUGACUAUAAAGUCUGUUUCGUGUCUGUGUUGAGGUACUACUGAAAGUGACUAUAAAGUCUGUUUUGUGUCUGUGUUGAGGUACUACUGAAAGUGACUAUAGUCUGUUUUGUGUCUGUGUUGAGGUACUACUGAAAGUGACUAUAAAGUCUGUUUCGUGUCUGUGUUGAGGUACUACUGAAAGUGACUAUAGUCUGUUUUGUGUCUGUGUUGAGGUACUACUGAAAGUGACUAUAAAGUCUGUUUUGUGUCUGUGUUGAGGUACUACUGAAAGUGACUAGUCUGUUUUGUGUCUGUGUUGAGGUACUACUGAAAGUGACUAUAAAGUCUGUUUCGUGUCUGUGUGUAUUUGCACAGUGCAAGGGGAGCAAGUGUGGUGAUGUGAUGGGUGAUUCAAUGUGGUGCAAUUAUCCACUUCUGUGCUCAAUCAUUUCAUGUUUUAUAUUCUUUAUUUGUUUAUAUUUUUGUCUGGGAAAUAAAAACACAAAAGCUACAUAGUAUUGAAUUCUAUUGAAAAUGUAUAAAAUAUGUUGAUAUGCCACAGCUAUCCCUCUAAAUGACAUUUGAACAGUUUCAAGGUGACCCUUCAUCUGAAGAGCAUACAUCUCAACAUCUACAUUCAAAUGUCCUAGAAAUCAUGUCCCCAUGUUCUAGAAAUCAUGCCGCCUGAUGUUCUAGAAAUCAUGUCGCCAUACACAAUUUUAAAAUGUUUUCUAACAACGUAAAUAGCCUUCAGAAAGUAUUCAUACCUCUCAACUUACUCCACAUUUUGUGUUACAGCCUGAAUUCAAAAUGGAUUGAUUAGAUUUUUUUCCCUCUCACCCAGAUACACACAAUACCCCAUAAUGAUGAAGUGAAAACCUGUUUUUUUACAAAUGUUUUCCAAAUUUAUUGAGAAGUAAAUACAGAAAUACUACCGAGUCAAUACUUUGUAGAAGCAAUUUUGGCAGCGAUUACAGCUGUCUUUCUGGGUACCUCUCUAAGAGUUUUCUACACCUGGAUUGUGCAACAUUUGCCCAUUAUUCUUUUUAAAAUUCACUGCUCAACUGAGGGACAUUACAGAUAAUUGUGUGUUGGGUACAGAGAUGAGGUAGUCAUUCAAAAGUCAUGUUAAACACUAUCAUUGUACACAGUGAGUCCAUGUAAACUUAUUAUGUGGAUUGU